UUUAAAAAUGUCAUACAAAUAAAAGGAACAAGUUUAGCCAGGAAACGAAAGAGUUUGUUUGUGGAAAAAAAGUGGCGAAAAUUUUACCAGAUGUGCUUGUUCUGGGAAGAAAGAAAGAAGUUCACUGUUCCGUGAUGCAAACCAAUAUUCGUAAGCCCGCGAAAUCGGAGAAGACGCCACGGCGCAAGAAGCUCAUCACGGAGCAACAGAGCGACGCUAUGGAUAUGUUCGUAACACCGAAACGUCAGAAAAGUGACGAUCUAGAGGUCACGGGUAUCUCCCGCAGUGGCCGUGUGAGAAAGAAAUCUUCCAAACUCGUUGACUUUGAGUCACCAGAUGAUUUUACGGAUAACAAAUAUAAACGCCAAAAAGCUCAGCAAUUACAAACUCAACAAUUGUUGGACAGAUAUGACACCCAACAUAUGUCACCCAGUCAGUCAAUACAACAUGGAAGCGGUGGACAGCAGAGGAAAAAUUCUAGUUCUAGUUCUGGACAACAAAGAAUCAAAACUGAGACAUUGUCGGAUAAUGAAGGACAGUCGUCAGGAUCAGAAUCCGAUGAUCCCACUGGGCUAAAUGAAGAUGAGCGAUAUAGUAUGGAUUCUGGGAGCGACGAUGAUGUAGAUCCUCUUAUGAUAGAUGAUAGAGAAGCAGGAUUUAGAAAACUUGAACCACCUGGCCAAGAAACACCUUCUCAAGCUAAUAGUUUAUAUAUGCUUGAGAAAUGUAAGAAAAAACUAAUUAUCAAAGAUGGCAAGAUAAUAGGUAGAAUGAAGGCACAACGAAAAGACAAAGGGAAAACAAGAUUUACUGCAUACAUGUUGUGGGCUAAAGAAAUUAGGCAGGAACUACUAGAACAAUGUCCUUAUAUGGAUUUUGCAGCAAUUUCUAAACGGUUAGGAGAACUGUGGGCUACAGUACCAAAUCUGGAAAAAUAUAACUGGCGUAGACGCGCGAAACGCUUGGCAGCAAAGCCUCAUUCUUUACCUCCAAGUAAAGAUGAGCCUGUUUGGAAAAUGCCGCCGCCCGCUUCGCGAAAAAAAUUCAUUAAUAAAAUUGGUAAUGGAAAAGAGCAAAAACCUGCCACGUCAAAAAAAACUAUUCAACUAGGUCUACCAUCCGUUGUAGGAAAUGUUCCGGUGUCGCCACCAUCAAAUCGGACCGGAAAAGAUUUGGUUAACGAACCAAUGAUAGGCACGGGUAUGUACAAAGUUGUCGGGACACAACCUAUUGAUGUAGCAGCCCAUCUAAAACUUCUUGGUGAAAGUUUAACAAUUAUUGGUGAACGGUUGAAAGAACAUGACGGGCAAAUUGCCGUUUCGGGCAGUCUGUCGGUUCUGCUGGACUCUUUACUUUGUGCUCUGGGUCCCUUAAUCUGCCUAACACAACAGGUGCCAGAAACUAAUGGAGCUAAACAUGAAACACUUUCGCAAAUGCUCGACAAUAUUGCAUAUCUUAUGCCAGGUUUGUAAUAUAUGUACAAAAUAUUGACAAAGUACUCUGUAAGGAAUACUGUAUAUAUACCUAUUGAAUGGACACUGAUAUAGCCAUUAAGUUAUCAAACUGAUAAGUAAUAAAAAUGAAACAAACGCCUUUCUUUGUUAAAGAGGAAGAAUUC